UGCUCCGUAGUGACCGAUAGCUGAUACCUUCCCCGCAACUCCAAGACGCGGGUUUGGGGGGCUUCUUCGCCCCAGUGCGUACCAGGAACAAGCAACCUCUCUCGUCCGGGACGAGUCGAUGGUCAACGAUCACCAAUUGGGAAUAUCGAAGAGUUUGUUUUUAGUGUUGGAGUGACCGAUUUUUACUCAAUUGCUGUAUUAGUCCGUAUUGUUUUGGCCUCUUCACCUUACGCAAGAUCUACGACGUUCAACCAUGUCGGGGUUGUUCAGUGGCUCGACCGAGCAGGAAGCACUAGUCGAUGUCAACGAGCAUGAUAGGAUGCUCCCAAACACGGAGGCCGAUGGUCCUCCGCCUUCCCUUCCAGCUAAAGAAGUCACCAAGGUAGCUCUUCAACUGAAGCACCUAAUCGAACAAAUUGUUCCCUGCGAGCUUGAAGAAUCUUCUAUAACCAAGCCGAAUAGUACAGUUAUUACCAAAGCUGUAAUUGAAACGGCAAGACACGUUGGAGGGGACGAGUAUAGAGCUUGCGUGGUCUUCGGCCUCCUAGCCUGUGUACGAUGGUUCAGAAUACAGGCCGUCAAAGAGUUGUGGGACACAGAGCUUUAUAGUCUUAGGGCAGUGGCAUGCGAGGUUCUUGCGAAGCGCAUACUCGAAAGCGACGAAGACCACUAUUUCCUAAUGCAAGCGGUUCUCUUGAAGCGAUACUCGAUUGUCACUAGUGGCAAUGAAAUAACUCCUCCGGCUAAUGUUAUCGAACGUGCCGUUGACUUGCACGCGUUAGAAAUUAUAGGCUCGUCAGGGUAUCAGAAAUGCAUCAAGUACCUUUGGCAUGGCUGGGUCUGCCAGGACGAGAGAGAUGCCUCGAAUUUUGUCGAAUACAAUGAACGAACCAAUACGUCUUAUUGGGCUCACUUCAACCCGGACAGAAUGCGAGUACCUAUUUAUCAAAAUGCGGUACAGAUAUUCUUCUCUCUAUUGUACCUGGUGCUCUAUACCGUCGUUAUAAAUACAAUCAACUCUACUGGUGACCUUGAUGUAGUUGAAGGCAUCCUCUACUUGAUGACUUUUGCCUUUAUCUGUGACGAAGUUUCUAAGUUCUGGAAAGUCGGUCGCAAUUAUUUCGGAUUCUGGAACGCUUUCAAUUCCACUCUCUAUCUCCUUCUGGCCGCCUCGUUCAUAAUCCGGCUUGUAGCUCUUACUCGCUCUCCAGAUUCACACAAUCUUGAAAGGCUGCGGCUGAACCAGCUGAGUUAUAACUUCCUGGCUUUCUCUGCGCCCCUUUUCUGGGGUCGCCUGCUUUUGUACCUGGACACGUUCCGUUUCUUCGGCGCCAUGCUCGUUGUUCUGAAGGUUAUGAUGAAGGAAAGCUUAAUAUUUUUUGCGCUCUUGGGCGUGGUUAUCAUUGGCUUCCUCCAGGGAUUUGCUGGAAUGGAUCAGGCAGACCCCGAGAAUCUUAUGACGCCGUCGAUGAUCCUUCAAGGAAUGGCGAACACUGUAAUGCAAAAUCCUGAGUUCGACUCCUUUAAAAACUUUGCCUCUCCUUUUGGCAUUAUUUUAUAUUAUCUUUUUACGUUUGUCGUCAUGGUUGUGUUGUUGAACAUCCUUAUCGCCUUGUAUAAUAGUGCCUAUGAAGAUAUCACCGGAAAUGCAACAAACGAAUAUUUAGCUCUUUUCGCGUAUCGAACGCUUCAAUUUGUCCGCGCACCAGACGAAAAUGUUUUCAUCGUGCCUUUCAACCUCGUUGAAAUCUUCUUCCUCAUCCUUCCAUUUGAAUGGUGGCUCCCCAGCGCUCGCUAUGAGCGAUUGAAUCACUACGUCAUGGGAGUCAUUUACUCCCCACUCCUCUUCAUUACCGCCUUCAUCGAAACCUGCCAUGCCCGUCGCAUCCAGGUCAACAGGCGCCUUGGUGAAGAAGAAGAUGAUCAAGUAGAGGAGUGGGAAGAAGCUGCUGCGUUGGUCGGUGCAACUUCCGUUACGAUGGACUGGGACCAGAAAGUGCAAGAGAUAAAGCCGAACGUGGAGGUUGACCUAUGCGUUAUAGAAGUCAGGGCCUUGAAGCAAGAGCUUGCAGAGUUGAGAACCCUGGUUAAAACAUUGGUAGAGCAGAGGGACAGAAGGACAGCCUCUGGAGAAGACCAGGGUGAAAAUGCACAAGUGAACGGAGCGGACGAUGAUUCUGGCGCAGAACAGUUGAUCUGA